AUGAAUCGAAGCAAUGUAAAGACACUGUUGAUUGUUUCCUUCGACUACAAGGGCAUUGUUCAUCAUAUGUAUGUUCCACUUGCAGUAACAAGGUCAACUAAAGAAAGCUUAAAAAAAAAAAGUAAACCUUUCUUUCUUCCUGUAUACUGUCCUCUUUUCCCUCUCUCUCUUAUUUUCUUAUCUUUAUCCUUGUACUCUAUCCACUUCUCUCUUUCAUAUUUUCUUUCCUCUAUUCUCUUGCAUAUCUUUAUUCUUGUACUCUGUCUGCUUUUUAUUCCUCUCCCACCUCAUAUUUUCUUCUCUUUUAUUCCUGUACUCUGUCCUCUUUUGUCACUUUCAUAUUUUCUUCUUCUUCUUAUAGCUUUAUUCUGGCAUACUAUCCUCUUUUCUCUCUCUUAUUUUCUUGUACUCUAUCUGCUUUUCUCUCAUAUUUUCUUGUUUAUUCCUGAACUCUGUCCUCUUUUCUCUUUUAUUCCUGUACUGUACUCUCUCUCAUAUUUUCUUUCCUCUAUUCCUGUACUCUCUUGUAUAUCUUUAUUCUUGUCCUCUGUCCACUUUUGUCACUUAAUAUUUUCUUCUUUUGUUCCUGUACUCUGCUCCAACCUCAUAUUUUCUUCUCUUUAUUCCUGUAUUUUGUCCUCUUUUGUCAUUUUCAUAUUUUCUUCUUAUGUAAUGUUAUUUUUUUUAUCCUGCUUUCUAAUGGCCAUAGAAUAA